AUGCCGCUGCGCUCUUCUUUGGGAGCGGCGUCCAGCAGGAGCCUGUGCACCUGCCACCUGGAGCGCUCCAACAUGUUGCGCGACCACCUUCAAGGUCUAUGGAUAUCAUGCCCAACAAUGCAGCUGGGCCAGUGGCAGAAAUCCCAGGCCCUGGUGAUGUUUGAAUCUGGAGCUGCGCAGGGCUCAAGCUGCACUUCUUCAGGCCAAGGGGAAGGCUCUGAAUCUGAAGAAGGCACAGUGGAUGACAGCAGUGAUGAACGUCGACGAAGCUCUAGAGAAAGCGAGAUUUGGAAGCCUGCAAUGCCGCGGAAGCACAUCCCGCACAGCAUCGGCAUCAAGAAAAAGGUAGAGGAUCUUCCGGACAUCAACACCCUUUACGAGCCUCGGGAAUUAGCACAGCUUUUUAAAUGUGUGGACUCUUACGUUCACCUGGUGCUGCCGCCUGGAGCAAGUGUGGCCCACACACCUGAAAUGUUUUUGGCAUCGAUGCUGUCAAGCCUUGGCCCUCCAAGCCCACAGGACAGGCGGCCUGUGACUCCAAGCACGGACGUUGGAGGUACUGCUGGCUACCUCAGGGACAGAGAAGGCCCCCUCGUUUUGCGCCCCAUUUUCUGCAGGUUUCUGCUGGGGUCAAAGCUUUGUGGAAGUCGAGAUUCGCCAAACCGAUACCAAGACUGUGUCGCUGCAUUUGAUGCACAUGCCACUCGCUAUGAGGCAUUUUCAGGGAUGCCUCGAAACCUUCUUCUGCGUGUGAUCUCAGGCAUUGUGGUGCCGCCAGGGUCUGAAGCUUCCUUGAUGGCAUCGGCCUUUAGCGAUAAGGGCGUGCGGUCAUUGCCAACACAGGUGCGGCGCUUUCUUGAUCGACACUUGCGCAAUGCAACGAAUCAUUGCGAGGCGAGGCGGCAAGCUUUGGAUGAGAGCAUCUCAAAGCUGCCUUGGGUGGACACCUUGUUGUGGCUCGACCCUGCAAUGUUGCCGAAGGUUGAUGAAGAAGCAGAAGGAAAAGAGAAAGAUGAAAAGCAAAAGGAUGAAAAGCAGAAGGACAAGGAGAAGGAGAGAGAGAUCCCUCGCAGCCGUCGAGGAGAUCGACCGGAGCGACCCAAGCAGAAUGAACGUCUCCUGCAGAAUGUCCUAGACGAUUCCAAAAGACCAGUGCUCAAGCCGACCAUCAAGAUACCGGAGCCCACUCUGCGGUUGCCACCAGGGAUUUGGCCACCGCUGCCUCCGCGCUAUGUGAUAUCUGAGAGGGGCUUGCAACAGUGGAAGGAAGGCAUUCGUCAGUGGGAGGACGAGAUCUACCAGCAAAGAUGCCCUGGCUUAUGA